AUGACAAAGCUCGAGCUGGAAGGGGAGGGAGGAGCAGCAUGCAGCAUCCGCGAGCACACGUUCAUGGAAGUGAUAGAGGACGUGAAGGUGUACUACCAGCUGCUUCUCAUGAAGGACAGCAUUUACGUGUGGAUCGGUGCCUCCUCGCCGUCCAUGAAGAAUCUUGACAUGGCGAUGCCUUCGUCUCUCGACCCCCUUCCUCUCUCGGUGACCCUCAUGGGGGAGGGGAGCGAGUCCAUCGGCUCUUCUCUUGCCCGCCGGCUGUCCAUGCGGCUCAAGGCGCAGGUGUUUGUGAGCUACAACCUUCCUUCCUCCAUGCCGGCGCUGCAGGGGCAGGCGGAGAAGCGUCUCUUUGAAGAGCUCAAGGAUACGAAACUGCAGGUGAGCAGCCUUGCGAUCGUCCGCCACUGA